AUGGAGCAGCCAGACAAUAAUGGCAGCGUCCAGUCUCCCGAUAGCUCAAACCUGAGCUUCGAAAGGGAUCAUGGUGGCGACAAUGGCCAUGAAACCGGUCAUGAGAACGGGCAACAGCCUUCUUUGACCCCUCCGCAUUGGUCACAUCGACGGCGAGAAUCAUAUGCUUCGGUAGUAGACAAUAAGCCGGCUCCGAUAACGUUGGAGGACCAUACGGAGGGGCCAUUAGCAGCUCACGAUGCAGUAUGGGCCAAGGCGAUAUACAUCGAAGAUUAUGUCAUCGUUUCUGGCGGAGUGAAGGACGUUGGAAGCUUUGUGGUCUGGCACUGUAAGAUUGAUACUCUGGAGGGAGGUGCAAUGGUCAUCCGGAAGAGAUACUCUGAAUUUCAUGAAUUGAAGAGGAAGCUACUUGUGACGUUUCCGAAUUCCGCUGGAGCUAUGCCUCUAUUUCCUCCGAAGAGCAUGAUACGUGAGCAUAGCAUUAGUGACAAUGGAGAGACCGUGCAGACGCUGAUGAAGGUGUAG